AUGUCCCUCUCCCGUCGCCCUUCUGCUCCAGACAGGAAAAGGCGGGAUCCCCCGAUUCUCCACGACCACCACACUUCAGGCACGGAUAGUCGUAGAAGUUCUAGAAAAGAUUAUAUGGCAGCCUCGCCUCGUUAUUUCGCCUCGACACCAGGAUCUAAACAAUCCUCGCACACCUCCGUCUCCGACUCCGAUCGAGAAUCCGCAUGGACACCUUCGAGCCAAGACGACGAUCACGACCCCCGCCGCAGCGACUCUCGACGUUCCCCGAGAAGGGCCACUCGGCACCAUCGCCGGACACUACCUAGCGAGUCGAGAUACUCGAGAAAGUCGAAAGUACCCUUGGUACCGGAGGUAGAAGAGAACGACGACGACUCUGACGACUCCACCGAAGAAGAAGACGAAGAAGACGAUUCGGAAGAAGAAGAAACUGACGAAGAGGACUCGGACGAAGAAACAGAAGAAGACGAAGACGAGGAAGGAGAAUCAAGGCACGUCUCAACACACAGAUCUAGAUCCAGAGUCGGGAGGCGUGGCGACUGGCCCGGUGAAGGGAUCCGUCGACGCUCACCAUCCAAACUUCGGAGUACACCGCCUCAGAUCCGCCAUCGUUUCCCCGACCCCCCUCUAUCCGAAGAUCCCUUGGCCGCUUAUCCCACUUCGAGAAGCGGCAAGUGGCACUCUUCGCGAGACUGCCCUCUCGACGAAACGACAAACAAGUUUCUGCAGCAGGCCAAGGAACAGGGCUGGCAGCGCUGCUACAGGUGUAGGGCGAUGGUUGAGCUGAAGGAGGGCUGCGACCACAUGACAUGUCGAUGUGGUGCCCAGUUUUGUAUGAUAUGCGGUGAAAAGUGGAACACUUGCGACUGUGCUUUCUUCAACAAUGACCCGAUAGAGCCCUAUGACGAUUUUGACCCUGUUCCCGUCCCCACACUAGCUAGAUCAGAGACAUUCCCCAUGACGCCUACUUACCGAAAUGGCUCCUCUCGAUUCGUGCCACCUAUGACGGCACCGCCGCUAGGGCGACGAGGAGCAAGUGAUUUGGAUGACGAGGUGUUUGGGCACUCGGUGCACUCGGCACACGAGUACAGAGAGCGAGACUUGGCUGCGCGAUUCGAGAGGCACUCGACCCCUCGAGAUCAUCGCUACCGAGAGCGUUCCCAUUCCCAUCUGCGUCCGCGUGACGCAUUUGAAGAUAAUCAUCGGGUAAUGAUGGAGGAUGAGCAUGACGAUGACGACGAUGAUGACGGUUACGAUUAUGACGAUGACGAUGACUAUAGAGGGCUCGCCGGUGUCGACGAGGCGCUUGCUAUCAGCCCCAGGAGGAGGAGAAGGGUCGGUGGUGGUGCUGGUGCUGGUGGCGGCGGCGGCGGCGGUGGGGGGGAUGACUACAUGAGAGGAGGGACGGUUGUUCCGCCAGCUCCCCCCACCGUUCCCCAUGGAUAUGAAGCACCCGGCGUCCCGCAUGGAUUUGACCGAAGUACCAGGACGGCGGCAGACUACAUUUCCGACGUCAGCAAGGCGCGAGGCGUCAGGGGGUCCUCGAUGGAAAGACGUCUCGCAGAUAGAUUCUCCCCUCAGCGGGGCGUCCCGCACCCGCAGCUCCAGCCUCUCCACCAUAUGCCCCCUCACAUCCAUCAGCAACACCCGCCAUCCCCCUUGUCCCCUUUGAUGCCGAUGGGCGGUCCGCACGGCCACGGCCACGGCCCUCUUCCACCCCAUGUACCAAUGAUGCCCCCGCCCGUGCCUGCCGUUCCUACGCUAAUGAGGCGGCAUACAGGGGACGAGGACGCUUUCAACAUGGGACGAGGGGCACGCGCCCCCGAGAGGGCCGGUCCCGGCCGAUCGUCGCGGCACGAGUACCCCGAAGAGGCUAUGAUGCACGCGCCGAUGACGCAUAGGCGGCGGCAUUCGGAUGACGGAGUGACACCGAGAUCUACGAUGGCGGGGUUGACGGGCGCGGGUCGGGGGAUGAAUCGGGUGUAUGAGUGGAGGAAUUACGUUGAGCCUGGGCUUCCAGGAUCGGCGGAAGAAUCUAUGGCGCCGGCUCCCACGCCGACUCGCCAGCGGUUACACUACUAG